UCAGUCUUCACUAUGGAGGCGGUCCGAGCGGUGCUGCUAGUCCAGCUGAUAGUAGCAGGUAUCGAAGCGGCUCUGACCAGAGGUCAACAACGUGCUGCUGCUGCCGUGGAGAAAGAUGGCAAGUACUGGCUAGACCAAGGCCUGAGGGACAUUCAAGAAAGACUGACCCGGCGUCAGAUCACAGGUCGGGCCAAGAACGUCAUUAUGUUCCUGGGAGAUGGCAUGUCCGUGACCACCGUCACCGCAGCUAGGAUAUACCAGGGCCAGCAGGAGGGUCGGUCUGGGGAGGAGUCAGUACUCAGCUUUGAGAAGUUCCCGUGGACUGGGCUCUCUAAGACAUACUGUGUGAACAGUCAGGUGGCAGACUCAGCCUGUAGUGCAACUGCAUACCUCGGUGGUGUGAAGGCCAACAUCGGCACCAUUGGUGUGACUGCGAAUGUGAAGAUGGGCGACUGUCACGCUAUGACCAACACCUCCAACCAUGUUACCUCCGUGCUGGAGUGGGCGAGACGAGCCGGCAAGUCCACUGGGAUAGUCACCACCACCAGAGUUACCCACGCAUCACCCGCGGGGACCUACGCACACACAGCCAAGAGGGACUGGGAGGGGGACCAGGACGUGAAGAAGGAUAAGGAGGACCCAGAAGUAUGUCCUGACAUUGCUACCCAGCUGGUUACCCAACUACCUGGCAGAGACAUUAAUGUCAUUUUAGGUGGAGGACGAAGUAAUUUUGUAGAAAAAGAUAUUAAAGACGAGGAGGGAAGAGAGGGAAGGAGAAAAGAUUCUCAAAAUCUGAUAAAAAUGUGGGCAGCUGAUAAAGAGAGAAGAAAUGCUACUCAUAAGUAUGUGUGGGAUAAGCAAGGACUUCUAAAACUGGACACAAACACUACAGAUUAUCUCUUGGGACUGUUCUCGGCAAGUCACAUACCAUAUGCUUUACACGCUGGUAAAAAAAGACCUUCUCUCACUCUUAUGGUACAGAAAGCAUUGGAAAUACUGAAAAAGAAUCCCAAUGGGUACUUCCUUUUUGUUGAAGGUGGACGAAUUGAUCAUGCACAUCAUGAUACUGAAGCUAGGCGAGCGCUACACGAGACUGUAGAGUUCUCCGAGGCAGUAGACGCAGCAGUGCAGGCUGUCAAAGAGGAUGAUACUCUGAUAGUAGUGACGGCAGACCACGCUCACACGAUGACCAUGAGUGGCUACCCGGCCCGGGGCAACGACAUCCUGGGUCUGGCCGGUACCUCUGACAUUGACUACUUACCCUACUCUACCCUCAGCUACGCCAACGGCCCCAGCAACCACGACAGGCAUGACUUCUCAAGGGACAACAUGGAGAGGGAUGACUAUAAGUUCCCAUCGGCCGUGCCCGAGCGUGUGGAGACCCACGGGGGAGACGAUGUGUCUGUCUACGCAAGAGGUCCCCGGGCUCACCUCCUCACUGGGGUCAUGGAGCAGAGCACCCUGGCCUCUGUCAUGGGCUACGCUGCAUGCAUCGGACCUCACCAGCAGAUAUGCGAAGCUUCAACCAACCAUCUGCAGACAUAGCUAACCUCUGAUCCAACCAUGUACCAGUACUCCAAACUCCAUCAAUCGAUUGAAUAAAUUUGAAAACCGUCCUGCAUUGAUCAUACCUGAAACAAUAUGCAAACAAGAUUUGAAUAUAAAUUAUCCAGCUACAAACGUGGACUAGAUAUUACUGAUAUUUGUGUGACAUUAAUGAUAUCCUAAAAAAUUGGGCUUUUAAUAAAGUCAAGAUCACCAUCAACUCUACUUUAAAGGCGUGGUUGGGCAAAUAUUAUUUGGCGAGUCGAUGCUGAGUAGGUUGCACAUGACCAUGAAACCAUGAUAGCAAUAUGGAUUGAAGAUACAGAGAGUGUAUCAGGACAGUUCACUGUACUGUAUCGGCUCAUCCCUUGCUAUGCUGGAUACUUUCCAUUCACAGGCCCGAAACCCAUGUGGGUGUUAAAAUUUAAGAUUAAAAU